GCCUCCGGAGAAAAGACUACGAAUCCCACAAGGCUCUGCGCCGAGAGUGUUCGGUCUCCCGACAGGCCCCGCGCGCUUCACCCGCCAGGUUUUGCCUGAGCCCGCGAGCGUCUGGUGAUGGAGAGCCUAGAUGAUGCAGUGGACGGCAAACAGCGCGUCCACUUGCGCUCUGGCUCGCUGCAUGGCGCUGCGCCGGCUACGCUGCACCUCCUGCCCUGCGAGGUUCCGGUGAGCCGACCCGCUCCGGUGGAACGCUUCUUCACGCCCGCCGUUCACAGCGGUGCAGACGGGCUGCAGGUGUCGUUUCGGGGUCGCUGCCUGCGGGGCGAGGAGGUGGCUGUGCCUCCGGGAUUUUCGGGAUUCGUGAUGGUGACGGAGGAGAUGGGAAAGGGGCUGAUAAGGAAGCUGGACGCGGAAGACAAAACGAACAAGGCGCAGGAACCGCUAGCGCGCGAUUUCGACCGCUCCAUCGGAGCCACCGGCAGCUUUAGACACUUCACACUGUGGGGUCUGGAAACGGUCCCCGGCCCGGAUGCCAAAGUGCACAGGGCCCUAGGUUGGCCCAGCCUCGCUGCAGCGAUUCACGCACAGGUGCCUGAGGACUGAGAGCCAGAGCAUGAAAACGAAAGCCACAGAUCCCUUCACACCAGUAAACCAGCAAUAAGUUCACUUUGGAGCCACUGUUUCUAUCCCAAUAAAUGAGCUUUUUCUAACACCUGUGAAUCUGUG